CAGGAUCAUGACACGAGCCUAAGACAGCCGAUUAACCGACUGAGCCACCCAGAGCACAAGCCUGUAGCCAGGCUCCCAGGAUCCCCAGGGAGAGGGUCAGGUGCGUCACCUGGUCACCUGCACCCCUGGGACCCUACCUCCUUCCGCCCCGCCCGGAGCCAUUCUGCAGCGUUCAUCGAUCUCUGCGUCCAGCUCUGUUCACCUGCUGUUAUCUUGGACCUCACUGAGCAGCUAUAAACGUCUCCCAGAGCUAUGAAAUCCCUCGGCGCGAUCUUCCUCCUCCUCGUCUUCCUCCUCGCCUGGCUGGGUUCCAAGGCUGACCCUUCGGCCUCGCCGCUUACAGUCCCCGACUUCCCAGAGAUGGGCCACCCUUCUCAGACCUCCGCUCCUGCUUCUGAGAAUUCCACUCAAGACCGGCCUAACCCUGAUUCUCUUCCGACUGCUUAUCCUGAGCCCUCCAAAUCACCUCAUGCCGUUUCCCCUGAGCCUUCCCGCCUGGACUUCACUGAGACUACCAACCAUGACCUCGGAGAAAUCCCACACCCAGAGUCUUCUGAGAGCCCUAAAUCUAACUCACUCAGCACCUCAAUAGCAGAUUCUCUGGAGACCCCCAAAAUUAGCCCCUCCAAAAUGACCCUUCUAGAACCUUCUGAGAUCCCCAAACUUGACCCGACUGAUAUUCCACACUCAGAAUCCCCUGAGACCCUCAAAACUAAUCCCUCCAAAACCUCACGCCCAGAAUUUCCUGAGACCCCAAGCCCUGACCCUACCCAAACUUCACACCAAGAAUCCUCAGAGAUUCCCAAACUUAAUUCUACCAAAAUCCCACAUGCAGAAGUCCCUGAGACCCCACAUCUUGACCCCACCAAGAUUCUUCACCCUAAAUCUCCAGAAACCCAUAAUCCUAACAUCACUGAAAUCCCAAUCUCUGAAUUUCUCCAGACUCUCCACCUGGAGUCUACUGAAAUCCCCCACCCAGAAUCCCAUGUAACCCAUAACCCCAGCCCCACUAAAAUUCCCCAAACAGAAUCCCCCACAACCCACUACCAAGAUGCAACAGACAAUCCCAUGACCUCUGACCCUGAGAUCUCUGCCAGUCCUCAACCAGAAAUGACUACAUCUUUCAAGGACAAAACAUCUGCCCUAGAUGAGCUGUCCUUGAGUCCCAAAUCAGAAACCUCUGCAGUCACCCAGCCUGACUCCCUUAAAUUGCCCACCUCAGAUUCUCCUGAGGCAGUUGAGCCAAAGGCCUCCCCAAAUUCUAGCUCUAAAGGGCCUGACGCCUUUUUUCCCUCAGCCCGGAUUGCGGGCCCCCCUGCUCCACUGGGGUCCCCCAGUUGGCCGGCCCCUGCCACUCCACGGGCCCCCCAGCGGCGCAGCCGAGGUGACAGAGUCAGCACUAUCAUCGUGGUGGAACGAGUGGAGGAGACUGGCGUGACCCUGGUGGGGCGCCCCCGGGGCGCGGCGGGCGGGGCCCUGUGCCUAUUCCUCGCUGGGACCGGACUGCUGAUCGGCAUCUUCCUGCUGCUGUGGUGUCUCUACCGCCGGGCGGCUCGACACCGGCCCUUCGCACACCACCGCCUUCCAAACGACGGAGAUGAACCGGUUAUGCACUUGGAAGCCCCGAAGGACCCCUACGACCUCUAUUUUUAUGCCCCGGAUGCCUGGGUCCCUUCACACAUCGCCACCAAACAGCCGCCACCCACUCCCCCGCUGCCACCCAAGCUGCCCCCGCCGCCCCGCGGAAACCGCCCCCAGAGCCUGGAGCCGCUCUCCCCCGCCACGCUACCCAACAACUUCGUGUAAGCCCCACUCGCGUCCUGCCAGACCUGCGCCAUCCCCAGACGGAGGAAGGACCCAGAGGUCCUGUCCUCCUGGCAUGCUAUGCUACAUAGUUAGUCCUCUUGGAUAGGAGGUCCAACACACCAAGACGCUUUCGCUGUGACCGGAGAACACCGUUUGAGGCCGAAUAAAUCAAGUGUUCCCACG